AUGUCUAAAAGAACAUGUCAACAAAAAGAUAGUAAAGAAGAAGUGGUUGAAGAAACUUCUUCUUAUAUUAGACAAAGGUCUUUUGAAUUAGCUUUUUCUGAUUCAGAUGAACGUUUAGAAUUUAUAAAAAAUUUACUUCAUUAUUAUGAAGUAAUUGAAAAAGAAUAUGAUGAUAUUGAUAAAAUUAUUUCCCUUAAUCGAAAUCAUGCAUUUUAUUUUAAAAUGCAAGAAUGGAAAUCAAAAGUAUUGUCUGGACCAUUAAAUGAUUUUGAUAAUGAAUCAGUUCAUUCUAAACCAUGUUCAGUUUCUUCAAAAUCAUUAUAUAUUUCAAAUGAUGGAUUUGUUGUUCUUGAAAAAAAUGUUCAAAUUAAAGAAACAUUAGAAGAAAUAAAAAAAAAUAGAUAUUCUUCUGAUGAACUUCUUAUACUAGUUGAGUCAGAAAUGACUAUUAACAAAAAUUUAACAAAAGAUGCUAAAGAUAAUAUUAAUAAACUUGAAAAAAAUAUAUUAGUAGGUGGUGGUAAAAAUUCAAAUGAAUCUUAUAUGGAUUGUGCAAUUCGUGAAGCUAAGAAAGAAGCAGAAGUUAAUAUUAAAUUAGAAAAUUUAAAAAUAAUUAGUACUAUUGAAGAAUUUCAAGUUUUUCCAAAUUCUGAAGGACAGCAAAUAUUAUGUCGUACAGUAAUUUUUUAUACAAUUACUAAUCAAAUCCUUCAACAUACUAAAAAAGAUAAUCAUUCUGAAUGGAUUUUAGUAGAUUUAAAAAAAUUAUCAGAGUAUGAUAUGACUGAUUCUAUUAAAGAAUAUAUGUCAAUUAUAUUUGAAGUAAUUAAUAAGAAAAUUCGUACAAUUCGAAAUGCUGAAAGUAAAAAGAGAAGUGCAGCAAAAAGAAAACAUAAAGAAAUUGAAGUAGAAGAAAAAGUUACUGAUAAAAGUAGUAGUAAAGAUGAAAAUGUAGAAUCUAAAGCUUUUGGAUUAUUAGUUUAUAAAAUUAAAGUGACACAAGAAGAUAAUGGAAUUAAUAUUAUUGUAACUUAUAAAGAAAAAGUUAUUCUUAUACAAUAUAAAAAUAUUAAAAAAUCUAUUUCUGUUCAAACAGUACGAGUUUUUGAAUCUGCUAUUUCAAGAUUUUCAUCAGAUUCUCUAGAAAUUAUUGUUUAUAAUAGUAAAAAGUUAAAGGAAAAAAAAUAUGCAACUGUUAAAGCAAAACUUUAG